AUGGCGCAACCCGCCCGCCACGCCGCAAUGCUAUCCAUUAGCAACAGCGGCCCAAACCUCCCCGUGGCAGCAGCAGCAGACAGACAACAACCAGCACAACACAUCCACACGCAAUCUCAAUCAAGCCAGGGUCUGCGCGUCCCGUCAAACCGCAAAACCAUCUACGAUAGACACCUGAACCGCAGCCGCAAUGCGGAGCUCAGCCGGGCUAGCUUCGCCUUUCUGUUCGCCGAGAUGGUGACUUAUGCUCAGAGACGAGUCACAGGGAUUCAGGAUUUAGAAAGACGAUUGAACGAACAAGGCUACCCCUUAGGUCUCCGACUCCUCGACCUCCUCUUCUACCGCACCAUGUCCAGUUCCACAUCCUCCGCUCUAUCCAGUUCCUCCUCGACUUCUUCCUCCCCUCCCAAUCGUCCCCUCCGUAUCCUCCCCCUCCUUCAUCUCAUCCACGGCCCUCUCUGGCGCCUCCUGUUUAAUCGUCCUGCCGAUGCCCUCGAGCACUCUGUCUCCCCCGAGACGCCUAAUGAAUAUAUGAUCACCGAUAAUGAUCCCCUCGUUAAUACGUAUAUCAGUGUGCCGAAGGAAAUGAGCAUGCUUAAUUGCGCCGCCUUCGUGGCGGGGAUUAUUGAGGGUGUUUGCGAUGGGUGUGGAUUCGAGGCGAAGGUCACCGCUCAUAAUCAGCCUACGGAGAUGUGGCCCGGCAGGACGAUAUUCUUGUUGCGCUUUGGGGAGAGUGUAAUGGAGCGGGAGAAGGUUUUGGAGAGGGCCGGCGUUAAAUAA